UAUUAAUGACAGAAAAAAAGCAACAAAUUGCUAGUGCUGGCUUUGAACUUGUUCAAUCUUUACACGACAAUCCGGAUGUUUUGCCUCCAUACAACAAAAAAUUGGUUGAUAAAUGUGCCAAGCAAAUUAUCGAUCUUUAUAAUGAAAAUGUUCGUUCUUUUAUGGAUUUAAAAUCAAAAACAGACGGUUCAAAUAAAGAAAAUGAAGAUCAAGUUUUUCAACUGGUUCGUAUUAGACAAGUUGCUAUUGAUCAAAUAAAACGAUGCACUUGUGCUUAUAUAAAUGAACGAAUGAAGAGAAUAAAAAAUAUGAGAUGGAAAUGUGGAGGUCAAAUACCAGAAAAAGUCAAAAACAAUAUGUCAGAACAUGAACAUAAAUGGCUUAAAAAUUAUAAUGAAAUUACUUUUGAAUUUCAAAAUGAAUUUGGAAAAGAAGAUGAAGAAAAUGAAGGAGAGGAAAUAAAUGGGGGAGAUGGUGUUAAUCUGUUUAACUAUGUUGAUCCUCCUGAUAAAUUAAUAGUCAAAGUUAGAGCUUUAAAGGAUAGCGGCCAAUUUGAAACUAGUGAUGGAAUUACUGUUGUUUUAGCAAAAGGUGCUGUUCAUUUAUUGCCUCGACAGGAUUGUGAGAAUUUAGUGAGGAAAGGAGUACUUGAAUAUGUUAAUCAAAUAACUGAUUAA